AAAUAUGAAUUUUGUUUGGCUUCUGCAACAGAUGUGUAAAUUCAGCAACAUUUGUUCAUGAAAAUAUAUUCUAUUGAUUCAACUGCGUCAUGGACUUCACUAAGUACUUCUUGUUACUCAUUUCACUUUUUGUCGUUGGCAUUUCAAGAAUUGCAAAUGCAAGUGAUCCUGACAUACUUUCAGACUUCAUUCUCCUAGAAAAUCAAACAUCAGCAUGUGGAGACUUCUUCACUUAUACUGGCAUGCGCGGGAUCGUUCACAAAGCCCCAAAAACCUUUACUGUGACAAAAGCUAGUUUAGCAGAAUUCCCAGCUCUAAAUGGCCAAAGUGUGUCACUUGCCAUAUUACAAUUUCCCCCGGGUGCUGUUAACCCGCCUCACACGCAUCCUCGUGCGUCUGAGCUCUUGUUCCUCGUACAAGGCGUUCUAGAAGUUGGAUUCAUCGACACAAAGAACGUUCUGUAUACACAGAAGCUCAGAGCUGGAGACAUGUUUAUCUUCCCUAAAGGACUAGUUCAUUACCAGUAUAACCGGAACCAUUAUAAACAAGCUGUGGCCAUCUCUGCAUUUGGUAGCGCGACUGCUGGCACUGUUUCAUUGCCAUUGUCUAUUUUUGGCAAUGAUAUUGAUGAUAUUGUACUUUCCAAGUCGUUGAAGACCGAUGUUGGCAUCAUUGAGAAGAUUAAAGCAGGAUUUCCCAAACCCUGAAUUUAGGCCUGGAGUCACUACCUAAAGACAUAGUAUCAAGUGUUGGAUCCAUGAUCUAGUACUUCUAGUAGUUA